AAACCAACCAUACGAUUUCCCCCGAGUUCCCCUAACUCCCCUGCCCCCCCUUCAGCCCCCCGCUACCGCCGCCCGCCCGACACAGCCCACCCCCCGUUUUCCGAGCUGGCGUGGCGACGCAAACUCACAAAUAUUUACUUCCUGUAUAUCAAAAGGAAAGGGGGUCCCCCUUUCGUGGAAUGUGGCAACAUGGGCGUGUUUGACCGUGGGGUUCAGAUGCUGCUGACCACGGUGGGGGCCUUUGCUGCCUUCAGCCUCAUGACCAUCGCCGUGGGCACAGACUACUGGUUGUACUCGCGCGGCGUCUGCAAGAUCAAGAGCACCAAUGAGAACGAGACCAGCAAAAAGAACGAGGAGGUGAUGACGCACUCGGGCCUCUGGAGGACUUGCUGCCUGGAAGGUUCUUUUAAAGGCAUGUGUAAGCAGAUAGAUCACUUCCCAGAAGAUGCUGACUAUGAAGCAGACGCUUCAGAAUACUUCCUACGUGCCGUACGAGCCUCCAGUAUCUUCCCCAUCAUGAGCGUGAUCCUGCUCUUCAUGGGGGGGCUUUGCAUUGCAGCCAGCGAAUUCUACAAGUCACGCCACAACAUCAUCCUCAGCGCUGGCAUUCUCUUUGUUUCUGCAGGCCUGAGCAACAUUAUAGGAAUCAUUGUGUAUAUAUCAGCCAACGCCGGUGAUCCUUCUAAGAGCGACUCCAAGAAGAACAGCUACUCUUACGGCUGGUCCUUCUACUUUGGUGCCCUCUCCUUCAUCAUGGCUGAAAUGGUGGGUGUGUUAGCAGUGCACAUGUUCAUCGACCGGCAUAGGGAGCUUCGAGUGGGAGCGCGAGCUGCAGACUACCUCCAAGGUGCGGCCAUCACACGUAUACCAAGCUACCGUUACCGCUAUCGACGCCGCUCGCGUUCUUCAUCCCGCUCCACGGAUCCCUCGCAAUCUCGCGAGGCAUCUCCAGUGGGCCUGAAAGCCUUCGGGACACUGCCUUCCACUGAGCUGUCUAUGUAUACACUGCCCAAGGGCCAAACGGGCACGCCGACAGCUACCUAUAACUCCACAGAGAGGGACCACAACUUCCUACAGGUCCACAACUGCGUUUCGAAGGACCUCAAAGACUCAGGAGGCCACAGUAACACCGCCAAUCGGCGCACUACACCAGUAUGAAACAGAAACGGACCAUAGACUCUGAAAAAAUUAGGGGGGAGUAUCUGUGAAAAGCACUUAAAGAUUGAUUAUUGCAUAAAAGAGCUAAAGAAGAGAAGUCAUGGCUGGAUGGAUUGAAGAGUGAUUGCAAAGUGACAGAAGAUUCUGAGCAAAAUUAGAUCAUCAUUAAAUUUCUGUCUGAAACCAAAAGAAAUGAAGGAACAAAAAUGAAAAUAGAGUAAAAACGCCUAAAAAAGAAACGUGCAUGAUUUUCCCAUGAGCCAUUGUUUGACAAGUUUUAAUAUAUUUGAGGAGUUUCAUGAAUCAGGAGGGGGGCAUUCGGUGGGUGCGGGUGGCUGUCUCAGGACUGGAUCUCUGGAGCGGUGGGCUGGGCCAGACUGCCUUCUCAAAGGUGAACUUACAUUUUUAUUUUAGGUUUUCUCAGUCUGUACAAAGAGUGGUACAGUUUGCUCCUUGGCCCAGCUAAACCUGCCCUUGCACUAUGAUAACACAUGUCCUGCAACACACACACACAUAUACACACACACAUACCAUAAACACCCUUACUCCCUUUGUUUAGUUCGGUAUCAUUUAUAUUUCAGUCUUUAAUUGCAUUAAUACUGUGAAUCAAUGCGGUGUGGGAUUCAUGCAGGAAGCAAUCCAGUCCGCAAAAAAAGUCAAUACAAAGAAAAAAAAAAACAUUAAAACAAAAACAGGAAAAAAAUAACCCAGA